AUGCCUAUGCUAAAGGACCCCUCCAAGAAAUACGUUGCCUUCAAGCCGCUUAACCUGCCUGACAGACAAUGGCCAUCAAAAACUCUUCAAGCCCCUCCAAGAUGGUUAUCCACAGAUUUGAGAGAUGGUAACCAAUCUCUGCCAGACCCCAUGAGUGUGGCCGAGAAAAAAGAAUACUUCAACAAGCUGGUUCAGAUCGGGUUCAAGGAGAUUGAAGUUGCUUUCCCUUCAGCUUCGCAGACUGACUUUGACUUUACCAGAUAUGCGGUUGAGAAUGCUCCAGCAGACGUAGCUAUUCAAGUUCUGUCCCCAUGCAGACCUGAGUUGAUCAAGAGAACUGUUGAGUCCUUGAAAGGUGCCAAGAAAGCAAUUGUACACAUUUAUUUGGCUACUUCAGACUGUUUCAGAAACAUUAUAUUUGGCCUUUCCCAGGAAGAAUCUCUUGAAAUGGCAGUAAACUGCACGAAACUGGUUAGAGAGUUGACCAAGGAUGCUCCUGAAAUGCAAGAUACCGUAUGGGGAUUCGAAUUCUCUCCGGAGACAUUUAGUGAUACUGAUCCGGACUAUGCUCUGCGUGUUUGCGAGGCCGUGAAGGCUGCUUGGGGCCCAUCAGAAGAAAACCCAAUCAUAUUCAACCUUCCUGCUACUGUUGAAAUGUCUACUCCAAACGUCUACGCUGACCAAAUUGAAUAUUUUUCUAGAAACAUCAGUGAGAGAAAGACAGUAGCAAUAUCCCUGCACCCACACAAUGACCGUGGUUGUGCCGUAGCUGCAGCUGAAUUAGGACAGAUGGCUGGAGCUGACAGAAUAGAGGGUUGUCUGUUCGGAAACGGUGAAAGAACCGGUAACGUUGACUUGGUAACUCUGGCCCUUAACUUGUACACUCAGGGAGUUUACCCUCAUUUGGACUUUUCAGACAUUACUUCAGUAAUUGACAUCGUUGAGCGAUGCAACAAGAUCCCAGUUCAUCCAAGAGCCCCAUACGGAGGUCAACUGGUGGUCUGCGCAUUCUCUGGGUCCCACCAAGACGCUAUUAAGAAGGGGUUCAAGAAACAGGAAGAAAGACAGGCCAAGGAUCCCAACGCCAGAUGGCAGCUACCUUAUCUUCCAUUGGAUCCUCAAGAUAUUGGAAGGACUUACGAGGCUAUCAUCAGAGUCAACUCUCAAUCUGGAAAGGGUGGUGCUUCAUGGGUUAUUCUUAGAAACUUGGAAUUGGAUCUUCCUCGUGCUUUGCAAGUUUCCUUCUCUAAGAUCGUCCAAAAUGAGUCAGAAGUUAAAGGAAGAGAGUUGUACAACAAAGAGAUCACAAACCUGUUCAAGAACUCUUACUUUGUUGAUGAUGAUGACACCCAGCACGAUCUUUACUUCCAACUGGUAGAUUACUCUAUUACAAAUACAUCCAAAAGCGCUAGACUGAUCAACGUUGAACUCCAAGUUGGAAAAGACACUGUUUCCUUAAAAGGUAUUGGUAACGGUCCAAUUUCCUCAUUUGCCAGCGCUAUUUCUUCUUACCUGAAAAAAGAUGUACUGGUCUUGAACUACCAUGAACACUCUUUAGGAAAAGAUUCCAACUCCAAGGCCGCUACAUACUUACACUGUGCCAUUGGCGAUGACUGCAAGGUUUGGGGUGUUGGUAUCCAUGAAGAUGUUUCUCAGGCAUCAUUCUUAUCUUUCAUCAGUCUUUUGAACUCUGCAAGGAGAGAUGGUAAAAUAUAA